CAGGCGGUUCGGACGGAGCGGCAGCUGAGGGGAAAAGUUCCGAGGAGGCCCUGAGUGCACCCGGGGGCCAUGGCUCUGAGGGACGAGCUGCUGAAGCCUAUCUGGCACGCCUUCACCGCCCUGGACCUGGACAGAUGCGGCAAGGUGUCCAAAUCCCAGCUGAAGGUUCUCUCUCACAAUCUGUGCACCCUGUUAAAUGUCCCCCACGAUCCGGUGGCCCUGGAGGAACAUUUCAGAGACGACGACGAAGGGCCCGUCUCUAACCAUGGAUACAUGCCUUAUCUGAACAAAUUCAUUCUGGAUAAAGUUCAAGGAGACAUCAAUAAGAUUGAAUUUAACAGAAUGUGUUGGACUUUAUGCGCCAAGAAGAAUCUCACCCAGAACCCUCUGUGCAUCAGCGAGGACAGCGCCUUCAAAAUAUGGACCAUAUUUAACUUCCUAUCGGAGGACAAAUACCCUCUGGUCAUGGUCCCUGAAGAGAUCGAGUAUUUGUUGAAGAAGCUGACGGAGGCGAUGGGGGGAGGCUGGCAGCAGGCGCUGUUUGAGGAUUACAAGAUCAGCCUCCAUCAGAAGGAGAGCUGUCUGUCCGUCUGGGAGCUCAUUGAGCUGGUCGGCAGUGGCCAUUUCAGUAAAGGCAUGGACCAGGCCACCGUUUCCAUGGCAAUUACUGAAGUCUUUAACGAGCUCGUCCUCGACGUCCUGAAACAGGGAUACAUGUUGAAGAAAGGACACAAGCGGAAGAACUGGACGGAGCGCUGGUUCGUGCUGAAGCCAAACGUCGUCACGUAUUACGGCAGCGAAGACCUGAAGGACAAAAAAGGGGACAUUAUUCUGGACGAGAACUGCUGCGUGGAGUCCUUGUCAGAUAAAGAUGGGAAGAAGUGCCUUUUUCUCGUGAAAUGUUUGGAUAAAAGCUAUGAGAUCAGCGCCUCAGAUAAGAAGAAGAGACAGGAGUGGAUCCAAGCCAUCCAGACCGUGAUUAACCUGAGGAAGAUGGGACUCUCCUCCCCGCACAGGGAGGCGCGACAGAAGCGGAAGGCCCUGCGCCAGAAGAUGCUGGCGGAGCAGAUGGAGAUGGAGAAGAAGAUGAAGGAACUACAGCUGGCCAAUGAGACAAAACAGAGGGAACUGGAGAACGUGCGCAAGCAACUGAAAGAUGCGGCCGAGCGGGCGACGGAGGAAGAGAAGAGACGGCAGGAGACUCACGUGGAGCUGCAGGACCGGUUCCGAGUGGAGCUGGAGCAGGAGCAGAUGAUUCGCCGGCAGAUGGAGGAGCAGGUGGCACAGAAGUCGUCCGAGCUGGAGCAGUACUUGGUGCGGGUCCGCGAACUCGAGCAAAUGUACCACCAGCUGCAGGAGGCCCUGGACGAUGAGAAGCAAGCGAGGCAAGACGAGGAGACCGUCCGGCGCCUUCAGGCACAGCUGCUGGAGGAAGAGGCGGCCAAGAGAGCGGCGCUAGAGAAGCUGCACAAAGAGCAGGAGCUGGCCAUAAAAAUGACCGAAGCCGAGAAGAAAGAACUGGAGAGCAUGCAAGAGGUUAAAGAGAAAGCUCUGCAAGAGGCGAUGCAGCAGCUGGAGCACCUCGAGAAGGAGCGUCUGGAGGCCCUGGAGCAGUACAAGACAGUUACAAAGAAUCUCGAAGUGGCAAGAUGCAAGACGAUGAGCUGGAAGGACAAAGUGGCUCACCACGAAGGGUUAAUCCGAUUAAUACAGCCAGGUGCGAAAAAUCCUGGUCUCAUCACAAAUUGGGGGCCGGCGUCCUUCACCCAGGGGGAGCUGCAUGAGCGCGAGAAAAACUGGCAGGUGAUGAAGGGCAGCAGCACAGAACAACCGCCCUGGGUCACUGCGAAACGCAGCGGGGAAUCGGGCAGCGGGAGCUCGGAGUGAGCGGAGCGUCCGGUGAUUUAUAACGCACCUGCUUUCCAAAAAGGGAGAACACGCUUUAGUGUUAGGUGAAUAGAAUUGUAGAAUUAUGAACUGAUACGGAAUUCCGCCGUCACCCGGGUAACGUACAAUAAAUCCUAACUAAAUCGGCACCAAAACUACAAGGAGAACGGGAGCCGACGGGUACUAACCGGGGAGCGCCAGCUGGGGCGGAACGUAAUGCCUUUGGGGUUUUAUUCACGUUGAUACAUUCCAGUUAUUAAACCCUACGUUCAGAAUGAA